AUGGCUCUUUUGCUCACACCUCUGGUUUCUUUGCCUCUCCACUUCCAAUCCAAUCUCCACUUCCAGAACAACACUUGCAAUAAGAAAGUCCACUUCCUCCCCUUCGGUUCAAAGCUCAACCUCGCCGUCGCCAGAGCCGCUUCCAUUCCCGGCUCCACUUCCGACUUCCCUGAAAAGCAGCUGCGGAAGCGGAGCAGCGUCGCUGGCGUUGACCAAGAUGAGCUUUUGGAUCCCCAUGAGCUCGCCGACCCCGACAGCACCUUCUCUGACAUCCAUGGCGUUCGCGUCCAUCACAAGGUUUGCCACCACGAUGAUGAACAUUUGAGCCGUGGAUCUCUGAACAUUGGUUUGCCCUUGGUUCUCUUGCAUGGCUUCGGCGCCUCAGUCUUCUCCUGGAGCCGCGUCAUGCGGCCUCUUACGAGGAUCGCUGGCUCCAAAGUCCUUGCUUUUGAUCGACCGGCUUUUGGGCUCACGGCUAGGUCGGCGCCGGUCCGGGACAAUGGGGCACUGAAUCCGUAUUCCAUGGCCUUUGCGGUGCUUGCCACCCUUGCCUUUAUUGAUAUGUUGGGUGCUCAGAAGGCCAUUCUCAUAGGGCACUCUGCCGGUUGCCUUGUAGCAGUUAAUGCAUACUUUGAAGCUCCAGAAAGAAUUGCUGCAUUGAUUUUGGUAGCUCCUGCAAUUGUUGCUCCACUUCUUUCAUGGAGAGGAAAGGAUGGGAAAAUUAGGAAAGAAAACAACAUGGGAGGAGGAAGGACAGGUUCAAAUGAUCGAAAUAAUCCAUUGGUUGGCAUUUGGAGAGCUUUGCUUAGGAUGUGUAUGUUUAUUGUUGGUGUGGCAAUGAGGAUGUUGGAAGAAAUGAGAGACAUGGUUCGGUUAGUUUAUGCCAAAGUCUUGGCUGCUGUACUCCGGUCAAGCUUGGCUGUAAUGCUGGUAAGAAUGAUUAUCGAUAAGUUUGGUAUAUCAGCUAUUCGCAAUUCAUGGUAUGAUGCAAGCCAAAUUGCUGAUCAUGUUCUACAAGGUUACACAAAGCCACUGAGGUGUAAAGGCUGGGAAAUGGCUCUUUUGGAGUACACAAUAGCCAUGUUUACAGAUUCUGCGUCAAAAUCAAAGCCACCACUAACUAGAAGACUUGCUGAGAUCUCAUGCCCUGUGCUGAUUGUCACCGGUGACACUGACCGUUUAGUUCCCUCUUGGAACGCUGAGCGUCUGUCAAUGGCCAUACCUGGAUCCACCUUUGAAGUAAUUAGGAAAUGUGGGCACUUGCCACAUGAGGAAAAGGUUGAUGAAUUCUUAUCAGUUGUUGAAAGGUUUCUGCAAAAGGUUUUUGGAGUUUCAGAAGGUUAUGCCAGCAGCAAUGUAAGUAACAGCAAUUCUAAGUGAUAAUAAUACUAGAACUGGUUAUUUUUGGGGUUGAAGAUUACAUCAAGCAUCAAGAAUGUAAGUUAUUUACCCCCAUUCAAGAUUAGGAUUGAAGAUCAAAUUAUUCACAAGUAAUAAUAUUACCAAGAUCUGAGAUCACCCAAAUGGUUCAUUGUGGACUGUACUUGUACUUCUGGAGACUAAGAAACUAGUUUAUGGUAUAAUUGAAAUACUUAAUUGAUGUUAAGUUUUAUCUCGCGUAUUCAUGUGAACUGCUGCUCUUAGGCUUUGUUUG